AUGGCGAAUUUCCGCUUUCCAUUUACAUGGCCUUGGUGUCUAGCGGCCUUGGUGUCCUCUUGUGCGGCACUCAAUGCUGAGUUAGUCAUCACAAAUGCCCAGAUCGCCCCGGACGGGUUUUUGAUGGAUGCGAUCGUGGUCAAUGGUCAAACCCCCGGACCAGUCCUCCUUGCACAAAAGGGCGAACGCUUUCAAGUGAACGUCACGGAUAAGUUGGAGGAUGAGUCGAUGAACAAGAGCACGAGCAUGCACUGGCAUGGGAUCAAUCAGUAUGGCUCCGCCGAAAUGGAUGGAGCAGCCAUGGUGUCACAGUGUCCAAUCGCGUCUGGGCAUUCUUUCAUGUACGACUUCACCCCGGUAAACCAGAGCGGGUCGUUUUGGUAUCAUUCACAUUUCCAGCUUCAGUACUGCGAAGGUUUGAGAGGAGCCUUGGUCAUUUAUGACCCAGAAGAUCCCUACCUCCCUAUGUAUGAUGUUGACAACGAAUCGACCAUCAUUUCUCUCGUAGAUUGGUACCACGAGAACGCCUACGAUAUCGCCUCUGGCACUAACCCCGCUUCGACUCUCAUUAAUGGUGUAGGCCGUUAUGAAGAUGGACCACCAGUACCCCUUUCUGUCCUGAACGUCACGGCGGGUAAACGCUACCGCAUUCGGUUGAUGAAUAUGGCAUGCAGACCAAACUACUUGUUCACGAUUGACAACCACGUUUUUACAGUCAUUGAGGCGGACAGUGAAUACACGACGCCUUUAAUAGUCGACUCGAUCCAAAUUUUCUGCGGGCAACGGUACUCUUUUAUCCUGGAUGCAAAUCAGCCGGUCGACAACUACUGGAUUCAUGCGUUGCCCAAUUAUGAUACAACUUUUGCAGGAGGUCAAAACUCUGCGAUACUUAGAUAUGAAGGAGCUCCCGACCUGGAUCCUGAGUUCAGAAACUGGACUUCAAUCGACCCUUUGGUGGAAGAGAACUUGCAUCCACUGAUCGACCCCGCAGCCCCUGGUGCCCCGGAGUCUGGUGGCGCAGACGUGUCGCUAAAUCUAGUCAGCGUAUGGGAUGAUAACCUGAGAUUCCUCAUCAAUGGCUACAGUUAUACCUCACCGUCCACUCCAAUCUUGUUGCAAAUUUUAAACGGAAGUUUGGACGCAUCCGAGUUGCAACCUAAUGGGUCUGUUUACACCUUACCUGCCAACAAAACGAUCGAGCUGUCUAUACCCGGCGGACAACCUGAGGGACCUCAUCCUUUCCACUUGCACGGACACACGUUCUCUGUCGUAAGAAGUGCUGGAAGUGACGUCUACAAUUACGCCAAUCCUGUCCGUCGGGAUACGACGAGCAAUGGUGGAUCCGGCGACAAUGUGACCAUCCGCUUUAGAACCGAUAAUCCAGGGCCAUGGUUUUUUCACUGCCACAUUGACUUCCACAUGGAAGAGGGUAUGGCUGUGGUCUUCGCAGAGGACACCAAUGGUACUGCAUCAGCCCUGAACGUAACAAGUACAUGGAAGCAGUUAUGUUCGAGUUACGACGCCUUGUCACCGACAGAACGAAUCGUGGACCAGCAUCGUCGACGUCAUUUGAAGCAUCAGAUCGGUCAUUGA